UGAUGCCUGCCGCCGCCGCGUUGGUUGCGGGAGUCUUUCCUUGAAUACGUUCCCUGCGCGUGCGCACAAGGGCGGUUGCUAGGCAAGGAGCGGCCCUUAGUUACCGCUCCGAGGUCGGCGGCGGGGCGCGGGAAGAUGGUGGCGACUCCGCGGGUCACUAUGGAGACAGAGCUUCGGAACACCAUAGUCUUCAAUGCAUCCAAAAAGGAGAUUUUCACUGUCAACAGUGGUUACAAAUCCUUACAGAAGAGGCUUCGUAGUAAAUGGAAGAUACAGAGUUUAAAAGAUGAGAUCACAUCCGAGAAGCUAGCUGGGGUAAAAUUGUGGAUUACAGCAGGGCCCAGAGAGAAGUUCACUGCAGCUGAGUUUGAGGUUCUGAAGAAAUAUCUAGAAGAGGGUGGGGAUAUCCUGGUGAUGCUGGGAGAAGGUGGUGAAUCCCGAUACGACACCAAUAUUAACUUCUUGUUAGAAGAGUAUGGAAUCAUGGUCAAUAAUGAUGCUGUGGUGAGAAAUGUAUAUUAUAAGUACUUUCAUCCUAAGGAAGCCUUGGUCUCCAAUGGAGUUUUGAAUAGGGAAAUCAGCAGAGCUGCAGGGAAAGCAGUGCCCAGGAUAAUAGAUGAAGACAACAGUGGAAAUGACUCACAGGCUCUCACUUUUGUGUAUCCAUUUGGUGCCACACUGAAUGUGAUGAAACCAGCCGUGGCUGUUCUGUCCACAGGAUCUGUCUGCUUUCCACUCAACAGACCCAUUUUGGCUUUUUACCAUUAUAAGCUGGAGGAAAUUAUAGACAAAAUGCUGGAAGAUGAAGCUGAAGACAAUGGUAGAAUCUCUGUCAGGGCAGAGAAAAGGAUUAGAAAGAAAAUAUAUAAUCUGUUUGAGAGAAGUGAGAACCAAGGUGGAAAGAUGGCAGUGUUGGGAUCUUGCCACAUGUUCAGUGACCAAUAUUUGGAUAAAGAAGAAAACAGCAAGAUCAUGGAUGUGCUUUUCCAGUGGCUCACAACCACGGACAUCCAUUUAAAUCAGAUUGAUGCAGAGGACCCUGAGAUUUCAGACUAUACAAUGCUUCCGGAUAUAGCCACGCUGUCUGAGCGACUACGAGUGUGUCUACAGGAGGGAGACGAGAACCCACGAGAUUUCACAACGCUCUUUGAUAUGUCAAUUUAUCAGUUGGAUACAACCUCCCUCCCUAAAGUUAUCAAAUCUUAUGAACAGCUGAAUGUGAAACAUGAACCUCUCCAGCUCAUUCAGCCUCAGUUUGAGACUCCACUACCUGCACUCCAGCCAGCUGUUUUCCCACCUGCUUUCAGAGAAUUACCUCCUCCCAGUCUGGACCUGUUUGACUUAGAUGAAACAUUCUCCUCUGAGAAAGCUCGUCUUGCGCAGAUUACGAACAAAUGUACUGAAGACGACCUGGAGUUUUAUGUCAGAAAAUGUGGUGAUAUCUUAGGGGUAACAAACAAACUCCCAAAGGAGCAGCAAGAUGCCAAGCAUAUCUUGGAGCACAUCUUCUUCCAAGUGGUGGAGUUCAAGAAGUUGAAUCAGGAACAUGAUAUUGACACAAGUGAAGCUGGAUUCCAGAAUGGUUACUGAGCACGGGCUUUUCCUGUCAGAGAGAGAGACCAACUGACCUUCUUGGCAAAAAUAUUUACCUCCCUCAGUGUAAAUUUUUUCUAUUUGUUUAUUCAAUAUAUUGAUU